AUGAAAACUAAACCACUAAGUCAAGAUCCAGGCUCCAAACGUUAUGCCUAUCGUGUAAACAAAGAAGAAAAUAGGAAAGAAUUGAAACAUGUCAAAAUUGAUGAAACCACAUUACCAAAAAAAUCCAAUGGCAAAAAAUCAUCCCUAAUGGAAUUACCAAAGAAAAGAUUUUAUCGUCAAAGAGCUCAUUCAAACCCAUUCUCUGAUCAUCAAUUAGAAUACCCAAAAUCUCCAUCUGAUAUGGAUUGGUCUAGACUAUAUCCAUAUUAUAAAGAUGAAUCCACCGGAAAGAUGACCAAUAAAGUUACCAUUGCUGAUAUUGGUUGUGGAUUCGGUGGUCUUCUUAUUGAUUUAUCCCCCAAGUUCCCGCAGGAUUUAAUCUUAGGGAUGGAAAUUCGUGUACAAGUGACCAACUAUGUGGAAGAUAGGAUCAUUGCUUUGAGAAAUAACAACGUUACUAAACAAGGUUAUCAGAAUAUUAAUGUAUUAAGAGGUAAUGCUAUGAAAUUCUUACCAAAUUUCUUUGAAAAGGGACAAUUAAACAAGAUGUUCUUUUGUUUCCCUGAUCCUCAUUUCAAACAGAGAAAACAUAAGGCUAGAAUCGUUACUACCACUUUGUUGAGUGAAUAUGCUUAUGUGUUGAAAGAAGGUGAAGGUGUCGUAUAUACUAUCACUGAUGUUGAGGAUUUACAUCUUUGGAUGGUCAAACAUUUAGAGGCACAUCCAUUGUUUGAAAGGUUAGAUGAAGAAUGGGAGAAAAAUGAUGAAUGUGUUCAAAUAAUGAGAAAUGCUACUGAAGAAGGUAAAAAAGUGGAAAGAAAGAAAGGUGCUAAAUAUAUCGCAUGCUUUAGAAGAAUAUCAAAUCCUGAAAUCAUCAUAUAA